CAAGCUCGUAGGCAAAGAAACCAUUCACUGGCAUGUGGGCCAAGCUGUAUAGGGUCCCACAAGGCAGAGGCACGACGUAGGAGGCACCGACGUGGAGAGCGGAGGGCAGCCACAGCCAUCCCGUAUCCGGAGUGGCUGACGCAUACAAGAGGGGCCGUCCCGAUCGGACGGCUGGGGACGCAACCGCGGCCGAUAUAUACCAAGCCUCCGCGCUGCCUCUAUGGCCACCGCCGCCGCAUCCACCACCACCUCCGCCGCCGUGCUCGCCUUCAGGCUCCUCCGCCGCCUGCCGCGCCGCCUCAGCGUGUCCCGCGCGCCGCCCGCGGCACUCGCGUCGUCGUCGUCGUCGUCGUCGCGCAGACUACCGUCCCUCGCCCGCCACCCGCUCGGUCACCGCACCCGGAUGGGGCACACAGCCGCCGCUGCGGCCGCGGCCGCCGAACCCGCUCUCGGACUCACCAAGCCCAACGCCGUCGAGCCGCCUCAGGUCACCUUUUCCGCGAAAGACAUCGAAUUCUCCGAGUGGAAGGGCGAUAUUCUCGCUGUCGCCGUCACGGAGAAGGAUCUGUCCAAGGACGCGGACUCCAAAUUCGAGAAUGCCGUCUUGAAGAAGCUGGACGGCCAGCUCGGCGGCCUCCUGUCGGAGGCUGCGGCAGAGGAAGAUUUCACCGGGAAGACGGGGCAGUCGGUGGUCCUCCGCCUCGCGGGGCAGGGCUUCAAGAGGGUGGGCCUGAUCGGUCUUGGUCAGAGCGCCCCGUCCACCGCCGCCGCUAGCCGAGGCCUCGGCGAGUCUGUCGCGUCUGUUGCCAAGGCCGCUCAAGCUAGCAGCGCUGCAAUCGUUCUUGCCUCCCCCAGUGGGAUCCAGGAAGAGUUCAAGCUGACUGCUGCAGCAGCAGUUGCUUCUGGAACCGUGCUGGGGUUGUAUGAGGACAGCAGAUACAAAUCUGAAUCGAAAAAGGUGCACCUGAAACAGGUUGAUAUUAUUGGACUGGGUUCUGGUGCAGAGGUGGAUCAGAAACUUAAGUAUGCUAAUGAUCUUUCGUCGGGUGUGAUAUUCGGAAGAGAGCUUGUGAACUCUCCUGCAAAUGUCCUUACCCCUGCUGUGCUUGCGGAGGAGGCGUCAAAGAUCGCUUCUACUUACAGUGAUGUGUUCACUGCCACAGUACUAGAUGUAGAGAAAUGCAAAGAACUAAAGAUGGGUUCCUACUUGGGAGUUGCUGCAGCUUCUGCUAACCCUCCUCACUUCAUCCAUUUGUGCUACAAACCCACUGAUGGGAACGUCAAGAGAAAGCUGGCUAUUGUUGGGAAGGGUUUAACUUUUGACAGUGGUGGCUACAACAUUAAGACCGGGCCAGGCUGCAGCAUCGAGCUGAUGAAAUUUGACAUGGGAGGCUCUGCAGCUGUAUUUGGUGCAGCUAAAGCUUUGGGACAAAUCAAGCCUCCUGGAGUAGAGGUUCACUUUAUAGUCGCUGCCUGUGAAAAUAUGAUCAGUGGCACAGGCAUGAGACCUGGUGACAUUGUAACUGCUUCCAAUGGGAAGACAAUUGAGGUAAAUAACACUGACGCAGAAGGAAGGCUAACACUUGCUGAUGCUUUGGUCUAUGCUUGCAACCAAGGUGUUGAAAAGAUUAUUGAUUUGGCAACGCUGACCGGCGCUUGCGUUGUCGCACUCGGGCCUAGCAUUGCCGGAAUUUUCACGCCGAGCGACGAGCUUGCCAAGGAGGUUGCCGCUGCUUCCGAGGUAUCCGGCGAGAAGUUCUGGAGACUCCCGCUGGAAGAGAGCUACUGGGAGUCUAUGAAGUCUGGCGUGGCUGAUAUGGUCAACACUGGCGGCAGGCAGGGAGGUUCUAUUACCGCCGCGCUGUUCCUGAAACAGCGAUAGGACCAUUGGAGUGGUGAGAGAUUAAGAAUCCGCCACGAUAGUGAACACUUUGACAGGACAGACUUCCAGAGCAGUGGUAACGGCAUGAACGCCGCUUUUGUGUCCCUCCCUUGUUGCAGUUCGUCGACGACAAGGUCCAGUGGAUGCACAUCGACAUGGCCGGGCCAGUGUGGAGCGACAAGAAGCGGGCCGCCACCGGGUUCGGCGUUUCCACCCUGGUGGAGUGGGUUCUCAACAACUCGUCCUCGUCGUGAACAAAACCCAUACCUCCCCUCGUAUCACAAUGCCUUUCCAUGCGUUUUUAUUUUGUUCCUCCUCUUUUGUGCUACCAUUCCAUAGUUGCAAACUGCAGAGCGCCUCUUGGCAUGUGAUACCGUUGUGAUAGAAUAAUCAGCAUGGGUAGUGGUGUCGGGUCCUCCUUUCCCUGAAAGAAAGCAGCGGCGUGCUGGUCGCGGUCAAGCCAUGCCUGUCGCCUUCCGGCUGCCGCUGUGGGCAUUUGUAACGCGUCUCUGCCCAGUGAAAUAACGUUUGUUCCUUGUGUUUGUGCC